AUGAGCCCACCACAAGCAGCAAGGGGGAAUCUGCUGGUCCCGCCCAACCUCCCACCCCAUCCCCAAAAUACUUUCCCAAGACACUCCUGCCACCCAGUCAUCUCUUCCUCCCAUCAGUCCCGCAGUGCAACUCAGCCUCCUCUCUGUGGCCCUGCUACAUCUUUUGCCUGCUGUAAGCCAUCUCCUCUUGGGAGUGUGAAGACUGUGGCUCCGUCUCCAGCAUCUGAGUGCUCCACCUUUACCCGCCGCCCUUGCUCCUGUGCUCACUUACCACCCUUGACUCCAGCGGGGUCGGCGCUGUGGCCUAGUCGUGGUCGCCUAGGUCUUUGUGUCUCACUGCCUCAUCGCAUCUCUGGCUACGUGGUGUGCUCUACCUCCAUCACCGUUAUCACCUCUGGUAAUCCCCUUGGUAGUGUUGGGACUCUUCACUCCAUGGCUACUCCCUUCUGCGACGCCGCCGUGGGAUGCAGUCUUGACUGUGGGCUGGGUCUCCGUCUGCUCUUCCCUGCUCAAGGCCAUCGCCCUGGCUUGUUGUUCAGCGAGGGCCGUGUGGUGGAGGUGCCAGUGGGUCCUCUGGUGCAUGUUGAGGGACAGGCCGUCUCCAUCCGCUGCAACGUGUCCAACUACGAGGGGCCCCGGCAGCAGGAUUUCGAUUGGUCCAUGCUCCAGGCCGGUGGUAAAUUACUCAAUCUCAUCUCCACCCUCGACGAAUCCUUCAUAGACUCCUCAGUGAGGGACCGGGUCAACAGCGGGGACAUCAGUUAUGAGAUGCUGGCCGAUAAUUCAGUGGAGCUCAGGUUCAAGAAGGUGCGAGCGACAGACAGCGGUGUGUAUCGCUGCAGCACCCCGAGCACAGACUCCGUCAUCAGCGGGAACUACCAUGCCGAUGUGGAGCUCAAGGUGAUCGGGGACAGUCUGAAGGUUUCUCCCGCCAUCCCCAAGUCCGCGGUGUCCGAGGGAGAACCCCUGGAGCUUCAGUGCAACGUGACGCGAGGCUUCACAGAGCACAACUUCCUCUCCGUGUCCUGGUCCCUCAGGAGAGGCGGCACCGGCCCGCUCGAGGACAUCCUGACCUUCGGGCCGGAUGAUAAGAUCAGUGUCGGCAGCAACUACACGCAGCGCUACACAGACGGGGGGCUGCGCUUGGACUUUCGAGGAGGGGGGUUUUACGGACUAGUCCUGAAGAGAGCGAAGCCGUCAGACCAAGGGCAGUAUGUGUGUGCGGCCCAGGAGUGGGUGAGGCAGGGGGAAGAGGGAAGAAGAUGGAGGAAGAUCCUGGAGAAGUCCGAGGACAUGGGGAAGGUCGUGGUUACGCCCACAGAAGAAGAAGUUGCUGUUUGGUCUGGACUUCCGGUGGAUGCUGGUGAUCCUGACGGGAGGAGCGAGUUCCCUGCUGGUUCUCUUCAUCAUCUGUGUCGUCUGUGUCUGUCGCUGCCACGCACGCAACAAGAGGAAGGCCACAAAGGAAGCUGAGUUUCGACUCGUCUCUCUUAUGCCGGACUACACAGAUCAACCUGAUGUUCAGUACAUGCAGAAAACUGAGUCCAACAGACCG